UAGCGUUUGUGUUGUAACUUUAUGGAAAUGUGCAGCGAACUUUGUAACGUCGAAAUAAAAUGUUGCAACUUGAAACGCGUCGUUCUCCGGCAGUUGAUUUCCGUGUAUCGAGAAAAUAAAUAAACAAAAGUGUAGAAAAUCCUCACGGCUCCAGAACUUCCAUCCAUAAGUCGUCGCACUGCUGAAACGCACUGCUGAAGCACUGCCGUACCGAUGGAGCAGCAUUGAAUGAUGGUGGCAGCACCACUUGGUAGCGCGCACACUUCGCGUCUUUAUUGAUUAUCGUAGAUGGAGACAAAGUCGGCGGGAAAAUCAAUAUUACAUUUCGCCGGCGCCCUCGCUAUUUUCGACGGGAAAUUUUGCUCGCUCGACGCUCGUACGAUUUCCAAGCUAUUUUCAGGAGUGUGCAUAUCGUCGAUCACGUGUCCUGUUCUGUGAACAAGUAAUCGCACAAUCGUUGAUAUUACGAUGUAGUCGCACUUGGUGCGCGUGUCAUCUCUUCUUUGCUCGAGCUUGAGAUUUUAUUUGCCGCUUUUCGCCGAACACCACAACUCUAUUGGAUCGUCCCUUACCUGAGGCGAUGACGCAUCUACUCGUCGUUGAUACAACACCGCAACAGCCACCGAGGUUGAACAUAUAAGUGAGGGAACGGGAAGAGACGGCAGAAUAAAGAACAUCAAGAUUUUUUUCUAUUUGCUGACAACGUAAGCUCCGACUACGCUAUAUAUCCUAGUGACUCAUCACUGCGACGCAAUUGUCAAUCAGCUGAUCGAUGCAAAAAGAGAAUAAUACUUCGGCGCACACAGCACGUAGCAAAUCUCGACUAUAACGCGGAAACAGUAGCAGACGCGCAGGCAACGACGAGUAUAUAUCGGAAGAACGAGUCGACGCGUAUUAUUCAUCAAUUAUCGACGAAGAAGUCAUCGCUGCAAGACGACAAGAAGAGCAUUCGAUAUUCGAGCCUGAGUUCUCAAGUCAGUCUGCGCAGUUGAAGACCGGGGAAACGAGAGUCUGUGCGAAGCUUCAGCAGCUGCGCUUGUGCGUACUGAACGACCAUCGCAGGAUAUCGCAUAAUCCCCGGGAUCGAUUGUGGGAUAGUGAAAGCGGAGGAAUUCGUCUUCUAUGCGGCAAGAAUCUCUGACCGGUUUGAAACUGCGGCCGCCGGGCGAUCACGGUGGUGUACAUCACGGCGGGGUCAUGCUCGAGGAAGACAUGGCUGGUGCUCAGGACACGAUAUACCUGUGCAAUUUCAGGGUGUCGGUAGAUGGCGAAUGGCUCUGUUUGAAGGAACUCCAGGAUGUCGAGUUCUCGCUGCAAGAUUCGAUGCAACGAUCACCGUCGCCGCCGCUCGCUCUCAGUGCACGGGACCCGGUGAUCAUCGAGAGAAGUAAUCUCGUUAACAUUUCCAAACUAAUCGUCAAGGAGCUGAUUGAAACAUCAUUGAAGUAUGGUCGCAUGCUCGAUUCCGAUCACAUGCCGUUGCAACAUUUCUUCAUCGUUCUCGAACAUGUUCUUAGGCAUGGUUUACGGCCGAAGAAGGGUCUUCUCGGACCUAAGAAGGAGCUCUGGGACAUUCUUCAGCUUGUAGAGAAAUAUUGUUCCGAAGCGCAAGACAUUACGUCCAGCAUUCGUGAUUUGCCUACUGUUAGGACGGCUAUGGGUAGGGCGCGCGCUUGGCUUCGUAUGGCGUUGAUGCAAAAAAAGUUAGCGGACUAUCUGAAAGUUCUGAUAGAUCAUAAGGAUGAUAUUUUGUCAGAGUACUUUGAGCCAGACGCUCUCAUGAUGAGCGAGGAGGCGAUCGUGGUGAUGGGUUUGUUGGUGGGAUUAAACGUGAUUGAUUGCAACUUCUGCGUAAAGGAAGAAGACCUCGAUUGCCAGCAGGGCGUAAUCGACUUUUCGUUGUAUCUACGUAACAGUAAUCAUAUACCCGGCGAAUCUCCAGACGACGAGCUCGAAAACGACAACAUGACCACCGUGCUCGAUCAAAAGAACUACAUCGAGGAGCUCAAUCGACACUUGAACGCAACGGUGACAAAUCUCCAAGCUAAAGUGGAAUCUCUAACAACAACGAAUGCUCUCAUGAAGGAAGAUCUUGCUAUUGCUAAGAAUAAUAUCCUAUCGCUUCAAGAGGAGAACAGGCAGCUAAAGAAGGAACUUGGUAUCGAGGUUAAAGAUGCGAAUGAGAACGGGAAGGCACCCCUUAAAAUAACAGAAACCACAGUGGAAAUGGAAGAACUCAGAAGUAGAUUAGAAUCUGAGAAGAAAUCUCGGCAAGAUCUGGAAAAAGAAUUGGAAUUGCAGAUUAGCAUGAAGUCCGAAAUGGAAGUAGCUAUGAAGUUGUUAGAGAAGGAUAUACACGAGAAGCAAGACACUAUAAUAUCUUUGAGACGACAACUGGACGAUAUCAAAUUAAUCAACUUGGAAAUGUACAAAAAGCUGCAGGAGUGUGAGCACGAGCUGACACAGAAGGGCGAGAUGGUGAGCCGUCUUCACGCGAAGACCAAUCAAAUCGGCAAGAUCCUUAACAAUCUCGAGAAGUACAAUCACCUGAUGAAGGACGGCGACGGCAUACGAAGCCCCACCACCCCGGGUGGCGUGUCUAAAUCGAUCCUUAAUAAGACUAGUCCCAUUUUCCCGAAGAGUUGCCCUCCGCCGGCGGAGAACAUGAUCGUCCGGCCGAUCGUCGAUCAUCAGCGCUCCCUCGACGAGCAGCAGCAGUCGAAAAGUCCCAUUGACAAAUUGAAACAGAGCCGCUCGAGCUCCGAAAUCUCUACGAACAACAGCUCGAUCGCCGAGCAAAACGCGAAGGAGUAAAAUGCCAUUCUCGUGCGAUUAAUUUCCCGAGACAUAUCUCGGAUAUAUCGCGGCUAUGCUCAGCUGUGUGUCGCGUACAUUUGCCUUUCUUUCUACACGCACGCUUUCUGCGGAGAGACGCGCGUGCAAAUUAUUUACUUAUUUCGCCGAGUUCUCACUUGCGUUCUUUCCUUACGCGAACGGUCUUACGCGUCUGACUUUCGUCGAAAGUGCCACGCUUGGAGAUUAACCGACGUUGAGUUGACGAGUCACGCAUGAUUAUGGUGGUGUAACGAAACGAUCAUCGGCGAAAAUUGUUGCGUUACGGACAGUAGCAUGUUUCUUUUUUAGCGAAAUACAUUAAUUUAUUCUUAGAGGAAAAGAGAAGUAACGGAAAGUAUAUUAUGUACAUUAUUUGGUAACACUAUAAAGUGUUUAAGCAUCGCGUUUACCUUGAUCAGUCCAACUUGCGAGAUCUGGUCCCUUGAUUCGGAAGUUUAAUCGAACGUUACGUUACAUCACAUUCGGAAUUUCUACGCAUGACUUGCAGAAUUGCAAGAUGCAGUUGAUAUGUACAUAAGUCAUUCUACUAAACUCGUACUAUCGUAUGCCUAACUAUCGUGGAAAUGAUUUUCAAGUCAAUAUGCAUAAUCUGUCGUAAUAUUCCAGGUUUGCUUAGAGAGUUUGCUUAGAGAUAAUCGUCUCUUUCGCUUGUACUCAAUAAGUAUUCGUUUCAGGAGUGCGAAGGCUCGCUUAAGCAUAAGACAGAACUGAUCACAAAGUUGGAAGCUAAAACACUAUCGAUGACUGACACCAUCCAGAAAAUGGAUGAGAAGUAUGUUUAUUUGUCUUUCAUUAGUGUUAAUUAACUUGUAAGUGCGAUCGGUCGCGCGUAUACUCGAGAUUAGAGACGACGUAGCCAUUAGCCAUAAUAACUGCACCCAUCGAAAAAAGUUUUGCCCUUGAUUACCUCGCGCUUUUAUACUCAGGCGUUGACGAGCCUUUUCUCCCCGCUCAGCGGCUUAUCUGAUAAAUUGCCAACGCAAUAAUUUUGCUGAUAAAUUGCCCUUAUUCCUGAUGUCGCGAAUUAUCGAGAAAUAAUUCGUACACGUGGGAUGAAAGGAAUGGGAUUAGUUUGAUCAAUACCGUAUGUCACCUGAUAGCGUAUUAAUACCACUGCAACAUGUCGGAACGCUGUUGCAAAAAAGAUAGAGACGACGGGGGAGCACCGAGAGAGGACGAAAGCUCACUUUCGCCUAACCCGUAUAAUAUUAUAAAUAAAUUUUUAUUACAAAGAAUCGGAAUAUCGCACAUCUUUUACGCGCAAUUGUAUCGUAUUUUUUAGUCAACGCGAUGGGACAUAUAAUUCAGCAACGGUCUAAACGGUGCAAAACUUUUCUUGAUGCAUGCAAGAAACGUUUCUCGUUACUUUUCCUUGUUUCGCAAACACUUACAUCCAACGAGAUCUUAUAUGCAUUGAGGGAAAAACAUAACAUUUUUAAGUUAUGUAGUUGAAUUUAUCGUAAGGAGAACAUCGGAACGUGAGUGUAAUAUUUACGUUCGUCGUCAGUAUGUAUGGAAGAUUUGACAACUGAAACGUCGAGCGUUCUUUAUCGCCGUGUGAUAUUACCGUUUCCUGAUGAUAACGCGCUAAUGACCUCUCCACAUUAUCGAACUUAGCAGGCAUUAUUUACGUACAAAUGUAGUUGUUGUGAUAAGACUUUUCUAUCAGCUGUCGUUAUACGGAGGUUUGCUGUGACAGCAAACGGCCGCGUAUCAAUGAUUAAAACGAAGCACGCACGCAGACAGAUGAGGGACAGCUCUAGCUAGAGAUGAUUUAUUUUUUACUUAGAUGUCGCGAGAAUGCGAUCGGGUUUAGAUAGGGUAGAUUAGUGAGAGAGCGAAAGAGAGAGAGAGAGAGAGAGAGAGAGAGAGAGAGAGAGAGAGAGAGAAGAGGAGAAAAAAGCGUGGUAACUUUAGGAGUUAAACGGACUCUUAUCGUCACGGGGAUAUUGGCAAACCCUCGCUAAAUAGCUACUCGAUAAGAUCACAUCAAGACGUAGCUAUUAAUAUUGUCGAGACAUAUUUUAAAGUCUUUCGCAAUAACCGGUAGAUUUAUACAUAAUAAUAACAUGAUAACUAUUAAUAAAUAAACCACUUUAACGACUAUGGGACUAUGGGACAGGAGAGAUAAUAUUAACAAAUAUAAUAUGAUCACAUCGGACCUCAUCUCGAUCGUUCGUUCGCGCAAAAGUGAGUUUCUCGUUGAACGUAGAAUGCUCGCCUGGCUAUCUGAACGCGUAGAACGUGAAUUUUCGUAUCUACUUGAAUCGAAACGAUUGUAUUUAAGGAACUGAUUAGCGAUCAUCCUCGUCACCGGAUCAUUCCUCUCCUAACUGAUUUGUGGAUCUCACAAUUUACACACGAAAUUAAGCCUCACGUCAAUUAAGUUAAUCGCAUUAUCGAUAUCUGUAAUCGACGUAUUAUCGUGUAAGACAUUUUUCGGAAUGAUCGUUUACUUCCGGCCGGAAGUAAUAUGUUCGGCGAUUAUUAAUUGAACGUGCCAUAUCCAUAUUACCGAUAUAUUUACACACAUGCACACACACACACACACACACACACACACACACACGUACGUACACAAUGUACUCGUAUAAGCCUCGCGCAGUGGACAUUAUAACGCACUCUGACACUACGUGUGCUUGUACCAACGCUACGAAAAUAAACUCAUGACAGAAAA